AUGACAGGGGUGUUUGACAGAAGAGUGCCAGCCAUCCGAUCCGGCGAUUUCCAGGCACCUUUUCAGGCGACGGCAGCCGCGGCCGCCAUGCACCACCCGCCCCAGGAGUCGCCCACCCUGCCCGAGUCCUCGGCCACGGACCCCGACUACUACAGCUCUCCCGGAGGGGCGCCGCACGGCUACUGCUCGCCCUCGUCGGCGUCCUACGGCAAGGCGCUGCACCCGUACCAGUACCAGUACCAGGGCAUGAACGGGACGGCCGCCAGCUACCCCGCCAAAGCCUACGCCGACUACGGCUACGCCAGCCCUUACCACCAGUACAGCGGGGCUUACAGCCGAGCGCCGAGCGCCGCCAGCCAGCCAGAAAAAGAAGUGGCUGAGCCGGAGGUGAGGAUGGUGAACGGCAAACCAAAGAAAGUUCGCAAACCAAGGACUAUUUACUCCAGUUUUCAGUUGGCGGCCUUACAGAGGAGGUUCCAGAAAACCCAGUAUUUAGCCCUACCCGAGAGAGCCGAGCUGGCCGCGUCUUUAGGCCUGACACAGACACAGGUGAAAAUCUGGUUUCAGAACAAAAGAUCCAAGAUCAAGAAGAUCAUGAAAAACGGCGAGAUGCCCCCGGAACACAGCCCCAGUGCGAGCGACCCGAUGGCGUGCAAUUCUCCGCAGUCUCCCGCGGUGUGGGAACCGCAGGGCCCCUCCAGGUCACUCAGCCACCAUCCUCAUGCUCACGGGGCAACUUCCAACCCGUCGUCUGCCUCCCCUUACCUGGAGAACUCCUCUUCCUGGUACUCCGGCGGGAGCGCCCUCGGGGGCCACUUGCAGCCCGGUUCGCUACAGCACCCCUUAGCUCUGGCUUCUGGGACAAUCUACUAG